AAUUAUGGAGUGAAGAUUUUUCUCUUUUGGUAUCAUAUUGAUUCUUUUUUCUCUUCUCUCACCACUGGUCCAAGAUAAUACUGGCAGGUGCAAAAUGCUAACGUUUGCUUCGCUGAACCGUAAUGUCCGCUUACGGGCUACUGGGUUGAAAGUGUCCGGCGUACGUGGUUGCUAAUUAACCUUGUUGGCGCUGUAGAAUCCUUUGUGAUGCAUCACCAAGUUCCUAUAAAUUUGAAUUACGAUCAUCGCUCUGGUGAACCCAGGAUGCAUGAUGGAUUGGGCAUUUAUCCCGGAACAUAUAACAGUGAUGGACUAAGAUUUAUGCAGAAUGAUGCUUCAAUUCGAAAUUCAAAAUCUCUAACAGCAUUAGCACAGCUUGGCAUAUACUGUCUUCAAGAAUGGUAUGAGAAUUCUUGUCUAGAAGUAUCUAGUGCGGUUCACGAGAUUCGAUCACUUUGGAUAACAACAACAGGUGGUACCUGUUCCAAGAAGAUCACAGUAGCGAACAGACAAAUUGCAUAUUAUUUGAUAAUCUUAUCAAUAUAUUUGAUAGAGACUGUUUUGUGGAUCGAUAAAAAAUUAUUUCAAGGAUUACUAGUUGUUUUAUUCGAAUCGCACGACAAACGUCAGAUGCUUAUUGGCUUAGGAAUUGUCGUAUGCGAAAUUCUUUUCCUUUACGUAAUUGGUUCACCAUACUCAUACCCUCAUCCCGAAUGCGAUGCAACCAAUGAACCCAGUAGCAGUUGAUUCACAAAUAGCGAAGAAGACUAUAUCAUUUAAUCAAAAUUGUAAUUAAUUUAUCAUCAUGGUUAAAGAAAUACGUUCGCUCGACUCUCAGGAACACCAUAGACUCAUCCGACACACUUUUCCUCUACAUAAAACUAAUUAUUAAAUAAGCUGGUGGUCCAAGAAGGUCACGAUAGUGAGAAGACAGGUUGCAUAUUAUUUGAUAAUCUUAUCAAUAUAUUUGAUAGAUACUUUUUUGUGACUACAUAUUUCAAGAACGCACACAAGCUAAUGUUAUCGUCUCGUCACGGUCAAAUAACAUUAUUCGUUGCCAACCUUGAUCCACUUAAUUAUACAAAAACUUUCGCAAGUCCAUGUAUUAGCAUAUAGUAAAGACAAGGUGAAUCCACGAUACAGCCGAGUGAUUCGCGUUAAUCAGACAUUAAUUAACUAUAAUUAAUU